GUCUCACUAUUCCUAUCAGCCACUUUUCGUGUCUUUCGUUUCUAUCUGUUUAAAGUGAAAGCUUUCCAGCGGAUACAACACACUCGCUCCAUAUCAAUACGCGUGAACUCAUUACUUUCCGGCACACUUCAUCAGUAAAACAAACCCCGAAAAUGUCUGCCAGCCCAUCCCCCUCUGCCGGUGGCGAUAGCAAGCCCACCGAUCAAAUUCACUUUCGAUUCUGUCGCGAAUGUUCCAACUUGCUCUACCCGAAGGAAGACCGCAUCAACAACCGGUUGAUGUUCACCUGCCGAACCUGCCAUGUCGGCGAGCCCGCAACCUCCUACUGCGUCUACCAAAACAAGCUCAGCACUCAAGUCGGAGAUACCGCUGGUGUGACCCAGGAUGUCGGAUCUGAUCCUACGCUUCCUCGUUCCAACAAGCUCUGCCCGAGCUGCGGCGAAGCCGAUGCAGUCUUCUUCCAGUCGCAACAGCGUUCCGCAGAAACGGGAAUGAAACUUUACUACGUCUGUUGCGCGUGCGGCAAUGUUUUCGUCUAAUUCUCGAUUUGCCAUACUACAUGUCAUGUACCUGAUACCCGAUCUUGGUUUUUGUUCCGUUAAGCAGCAUUUUUUGUGGAGUUCUGGCGAUGUUUGGGCAAAGAAAAGGGGAGUUUGAAAAGAGAAAGAAAUUUCUAUUGCUACAAACGGGAUAAAUAUAAGAACAAUUCGCUUCC